AUGUCGAGUGGCACCGAGAUGCGAAACCUUGAGCCGAUUGUCGCCAGCAGCCGGAGCUCGCGGACUUUUGUCGUCGACCCAAAUGAGUCGAAAUCCGACCAACUGCUCCAGCUCAUCCUGGACGAGCUGCAGAUGCAGAACAAAUCCAAGACCCCUCCUGAAGUCCCCCAAAUCAAGACCAGGGACUUUGCCCCUCGGAGGGCCGAAUUGGCUCGAACCGCCACUACCGGCAGCGCAACUUCCCUGAUGUCGCCCACAGCCUCACCAGAAGAUAGAUUCUACGAAAAGCUCUUCGCAGCUGUUGUGGCCUUUGCAGCCUUUGGAGGGUCCAUCACCUUUCAGUGCAUCUUCCAGGCGGUUCCCGCGCAGACUCAGAACCCACAGGUCACGCCCGAACACGCCCGGACAUUCAUUGCAAUCAGUUGGCUGCUUUUCACGAUGGACUUGAGUCUAGCCAGUAUCUCGCUCGCGGCAAUGUACGUGCACAAGUCCUGGUCCAAGAAGACGCAGCAGGAUUUAGAGACGCAAGCAGAUUCGAAGGUCUCGUGGACCAAGGUCAGAUUUCAAGUUUUCCGAUACGUGAACCUCAUUGCAGCGCUCGUCCUACCUUUGGGAUCGGUGGUAGCGCUGGUGUUUGCUGCUCUUGCCGUGUCCGUCUUCUCGGCCAGCGUAGGCAAGACAGCGUUGAUCUCAGUCAUUGUUUUGGGGGCCGCCAUCGUUGUUUUGUGGGUUGGCUUUUGCAUCAGGCAGUGGUGCACCAGAGGGCGGACAGCAUCACUGCCCUGCCAUGUAUGA